AUAUCACUCCAGAAGACCACUGAAAUUCACACUUCAACUGAAGACAAUAACAGAAGACUUCAUCUCUUAAUAUACCAAAGACACACAGCAACUCCAGAGACAUGGAAUCUGAGACAAUCGAGGUGGCAGCGCUAGGAAGACCUCUGUUUCCUGGAAUGCUUUACGACUGCCGCAAGGAUUCCUUCAUUCCAGGUGUUACUCUGUGGGAUAAAAAAUCGUUGUAUGAAGAUUUGGACACUCAUGCGCAGCUCCAAACUGAUUUGAAGUUUAGUAGCUCUGACUCUCUCUCUGAUAAGUCCAGUCUCCUGGAUGUAAGUGCUUCUCUGAAGGCCAGCUUCUUGGGGGGGCUGGUGGAGGUGGGAGGAUCUGCCAAGUACCUGCGUGAUACCAAAUCCUCAAACCUGCAGUCAAGAGUAAUAAUGCAUUUCAGUGAAACCUCAAGAUUUGAUCAGCUCACUAUGACCCAGCUGGGCAAGAUCACCUACCCUCAGGUGUUUGAGCAGAAAACUGCAACUCAUGUGGUCACAGCUGUACUGUACGGAGCUCAGGCUGUUAUGGUGUUUGAUCGGACAUUUUCAGAAGAUGAGAACAAACAAGAGAUUGAGGGAAAUCUGAAUGUCAUGGUCAAGAAAAUACCUUCAUUUUCCAUUGAAGGACAAGGAGCUGUAACAUUGGGAGAGGAUGAUAAAAAGAUAGCUGAGAAUAUCAGCUGCACAUUUUAUGGUGACUACCAACUUCAGCAGAACCCCACCUCGUACAUGGAGGCAUUGCAGGUGUACAAGCAGCUCCCCACUCUGCUAAAGGACAAUCCACAGAAUGUGGUUCCAGUAAAGGUCUGGCUCUAUCCUCUUCAUCUACUGGAUACAAAAGCAGCUCAGUUGGUCAGAGAAAUUAACACAAGUCUGAUUUCCAACACUGAAGAAAUAAUAGAGGAGCUGGUGGAGGUAGAGAGAAGAUGCAACGACCUGCUCAGAAAUACAUUGGUAAAUGUUUUCAGUGACAUCAAAGAGAGACUGCACUCAUAUCAGAUUUCAUUUAGCAAAUACAAGCUGGUCCUCCAGAAAGCACUGCGCAGAGUCCUGCCUGCUAUUCGAGGAGGUGAGAUGGAGCAGCAGUCAUUGGAAGACAUUCUGAAUAUACACAACAGCUCCCCUUUUGUUGCUAGCAAGCUAAACCAGUGGUUAGAUGAUGCAAAGUCUGAACUUCACCGCUUGACUUCUUGCACAAAAACGCUGAAGGGGAUCAAAACUGAAGACACAGAUGGUCUCACCACUAUCCUCCUUGAUCCUGAUAUUGAUGUAGUGGUGUGCUUGACAUUCACAUCUCUGAAGUACAAAGAGCCAUAUCUUUCAGCUCUGAAUGAUUUCUUGAAAUCUGAAGAUUUUAAAGACUUAGAGAAAAAAUCUACUCUAUCUUCUUAUGCAGCUGAAGGAAAGUGGUUCAACGAUCCUGAGAUCAUCACAAAGAUGAGAGAGAACUACUCUCACUUCAAAGGUUUUUCAGAGGCCAACAAAGGUGACAAGAGAAUCUGCUUCAUUGUUUCUGCCAUCUCUGAUCCCUCACUUCCAGGCUCCACCAUCUACCUGUAUGAAAAUGGGAAACUGAUAGACAAACAGUUCCAGCCUGUGUCCAAGCCACCCCCACCAAUAGUAGUGAGCAGCUUGGACAAAGUGACCCUCAAACUUCAGAAGUCCCCAACUGCAGACACAAUGCAUUACAAAGUUGAGUACAAAGCUGAUGGUGAGGACAUAUGGCGUAUCGAAGACACAUUUGAUGAAAUCUGUAUUCUAAAGGGACUGGAACUUAGAGAGCCGCAUUUGGUUCGCUACAGGGUAGUGAGCAAAGUGGGAAUAAGUGAAGCCAGCGACAGUGUGCGUAUUAUGAACACAGGACCUGUGAUUGUGGGCGGGAAAGGAGGUGAUGCUUUCUCCAUCUUAACCUCUCCCAUUGGCAUGACCUUAAGGAAGAUCAGGGUUUCUCUCAGACCAAACACAAUUGCCUCAAUUGCGGUGACUCUCUCAGAUGGCCAGGAAAAGACAUUUGGCAUUCAAAAAACAGAGGAAGUUCAAGAAUUUCUAUUUGAUGAGAAUGAUCAAAUCCUUGAAGCAGUACUGUGGCCAAAUAGCCAUAACAACCGACUUGGGGGUAUUGAACUGAUUGUUGUGAAGAUGAACGGAACCACAACUUUCUCUGCCAAGUGUGAUUCCCUGGGUAAUCCUCAGAGGAUUGAUGUGAAUUCAGGGAAAUGUUACGGCAUGGUCGGGAGAAGUGGAGAUGACAUUGAUUCUCUGGGAUUCUACUUCGUUUAGAUGUCUCCAGCAAACAGAAGAGCCAAAUAAAAAAAUAAGCCAUUACUUCUACAGACGUCUCCUAUACUAUCCAAUCAUAUAUCCAGUGGUGUCAAAAGUACACACUUUUGUCACUCAAGUAGAAGUAUAGAUACUGGUGUUUAAAAAGACUCUGUUAAAAGUGGAAGUAUCAACUCAACCUCUUUACUCAAGUUAAAGUGAGAAAGUACAGGCUCUAAAACAUACUUAAAGUAAAAAAGUAUAAAGUAACCCUAAGAAAAAAGACUCAUUGGACCUCGUAUCAUUGACAACUGUUAGAAAUAGAAGCUUAAUUUAACAACUGGUUAGUGCUACAUGGAUCCCAAGACCCGUGAAACAUAUCAAACAAAAACAUAAUGCUAUCAAAGACAACAAACUCGAUGGGCAUGUUUUCCUCAAACUUUAUUGGAAUGCAAAUAGACUUUCCAACUGAGGUAGUAAUAUUCAAGACAUACCCUGGCCGGCAAAACUAUCAGAACAUUAUUUUAGCAGCAAAUGACUGUGACUUGAGUGUCUGUGUAUUAAGGAGUGUGCUUGUCAGUGCGUGUUAAGGAGAGAAAUAUACUGCAUACAUUUGAGUGUGGGUGGACAAAAAGAGAGAACAAGACUUCAAACUGAGACUUCAAACCUAUGCAAAAGAAACCCCUUCAAAACAUGGAGUAACUCAUAUACUGUAUACAGAGAAACACUACCAAAAACAAAAGCAAAGUUUUGCACAUGGCACUAGGAGAAUAGGAGAGUGCAAGAAUGUACAUUUUGUAUGUGCAGUGAGUGUAUUUGUGGCAGUGGUAUACAUCUUUGUUGUGCAUUAUUCCCUGAGUCCCAUCAAAAACUUGGGAGUAACUUACUAAAGCGCACUCUAGGUACAUAUCAAAACAGUCUCUGAAGCCUGAAGUGCUUGACAGUAUCUAACAGUAGGUCCGCAGAUUAGAUUAAUUAAUUUGCACGCAAGUUUUAUUUAUUUUUAUACCGUGUAUUCUCUGUGUAUAUUCAUGCACCGAACCGUGACACCCGUACCGUUUCGGUUCAAUACGAAUACAUGUACCGUUCCACCCCUAAUACGUUCUGAAUAUUAAUAGCUUAGUAUUACAGGGUUUCCCGCAGCACUUUGCAGCAACACACGCCAGCAUAUUUUCAAAUAUGACCGAACUAAUACAGGCUAACUGCUAACUUGGGACUCUUCAGUAGGCCCCAAAGACGGCAUACUAGCCAAGCCAAAGCAAACAUUGUAAAUCGAACAAUAUUAGCUUAGGCCUACUCUAAAUGAAUUAAUAUUAUAAUAUAAUAUAAUAAUAACAAAGAAAACCGCUUACCACUACAUGUUUCUUCAAAUUGGAAGGGGAGUUCUUGAAAGCCAAAAGUACAUGGUUCUUUGGUUCACAAAGUUUGCAGUGCAUUCUCCACAAGUCGUUUUUGCUCCCGACGAUUUCGAACAAUUCUUUGAGGUAAGGCCAGGGAUGUGGAAGGUUUUGCUGGUCACCAUCACUAGAACUACUACCAACGUUCUCGCCUGUGCUUUCAGACGCUUCGGACAUUUCGCCAGACAUCAUGCUCUUGCCAACUGAAUCUCUUUCUGACACAUUUUGCCGCGGUUUGAACGUGCACUUCGUUUCGUGCCAUGCGCAGAAAAGAUGGACAGCCCACACACCAAUGACAUCUCUGAAUGUUCUAGGGUUUUGUGCCUCAUCCAAUGACGCUCGAAAUCGGUCUAUCUGGCGUUGAACAAAACAUUUUUUUUUAAAAUCCGAAACUAGAGUAACGAGCUUGUUUUUAAAAUGUAAGGAGUAGAAAGUACAGAUAAUUACGUUUAAAUGUAAGGAGUAGAAGUAAAAAGUUGGCAAAAAAAUAAAUAGUAAAGUAAAGAUACCUAAAAACUCUACUUAAGUACAGUAACGAAGUAUUUGUACUUCGUUACUUGACACCUCUGCAUAUAUCCUAUACUCUAAACAUGCAUGUUCUGAAGUGAAUAUAUAAAUGAAGUAUGAGUAAAUGUAUCUGAUACUUUAAUCUGUUUUCUCAUAUCAGACUUUCCUAAUGUUUUUGAUA